CCUCAUCCAGAGCACGGUCUGCAGAAGGUGACCAACAUGGAGGAUGCUGCAGGAUCUGAGGCCGGACAUUCACAUAGCUUCAGUGGUCAGAGUGGCAGCAGUGACGACGUUGAAGAGAUUUAUGAUUUACUGCAGAAGCAGUGUGCAGAUCUGAAGAAACUGAUGACGAGGAGAUUCCCAGGUGAUUCUUAUCAGAAGGCACUGAACCUGAGGAAGAAAGACUUUGGAAAGAUCCGAAAGUCGUUCAGCGACGUUCACAGAGUCAGAGAGCUGAUAAAACUGGGCGAGUCAGUUUGUGCAAUUGUGACUCCAUUUAAGACAGGAACAGGGUUUGUGUUGUUUGACAACUUCAUCUUGACUAACGCACACCUGUUUAAACAAUGUGUUGAAGACGGAAAGCCAAAGCUGAAGCAUGAUAUAAAGGUGGAGGUUCUCUUUAACUUUGAAGAACAGCACAAAAAUUACCACUACUUUCAGCUGGCUCACCGUAACAUCCUCUACUGUCAUGAUGACCUUGAUUAUGCCAUACUUGAGCUUAUGCCUGUCGGCCUCAAAUACAACCAAGACACAGAGGAAGUCACAGAAGAGAAGGUGCCAGCAGGGCUCCUGGAGAGGUUUGGUCCAAUGCCUGAGAGUGGUGAAGCCAGUAUCAUUGGUCACCCAAAUGGAGAAGUGAAACAACUGGAUCCAACAUCUAUCAUUGAGAUAGAAAACAGGGUGAAGGCUGUUGAGGAUCAAUUAGAGCCAUACAAAGGCACUGCUUUCAUUCUCCACAUAAUCAAUGAAAUCACAAAGCAAGGCAUUGAAAAUAUAUUGGUAGGUGGAAACAGAGCAGAGAAAGUAACAACCUACAACACCUUCAUGUGUCACGGCUCGUCUGGAUCCCCAGUGUUUGAUGCUGAGUGCAAAGUUUUUGGUUUGCACACCUCAGGAUACGUUUACGAUUUCCCAAAGCCUGAGAGUGUGAUAGAGUGUGCCCAACCUCUGCUAACUAUCUUUGAACACUUUGUGAGUAAACUGAGGAAGCCUGGGAAUGAGGAGCGGUUGAAGAGAGUUAAGGAAGUAGCAAAGGAAAACGUAGUGCUAAAAAAGAUACUCAACGCUGACUGUGAUGACUCAAUGGAGAUUGAUCGGAAAGAUUAGAUAAUCAGGGGCUAAACACACAAGGCUGGACAGCUUAUAUUCCCAUGCAUCAUUAUACUUAAGAUCUGUUUUCUAGUAUGGACAUCCUGUUUUAUAUUGACUUCUCUGUUAGUCUGUGACAGCCAAUAGUACUUUUUUCUGUCUCCAUAUGUCUUGUAAGCAUCACUUUUUUUUAUCAUAGUUAUUUUUUUUUUUCAUUAUGUGGGGCGAAGCCUGCGA